CAGUUUUAAGUGCAAAAGGUGCGAAAGUGCAGAAUCACUCCAGCAUCCCCUUAAUGGCACAAUAGCCACAGGUUUGUGUUCAUAUUAUUGUAACAGUGGAAGAGAAUUUACAAUAGUUUUCGAGAUGACAUUGCGUCGAAUCUCUAUGUCAUCUCUAAUUUUUUAUACGUCGUGAGACUGCAAACUUUUAUUUUUUAUUGUUAAAACAACGUGAUUACGUAAGGUCUGUGUGCCUCGCAUGCCCCACAUGCGCCCUCUGUGGACAUUGAAAACGUUGACAUGAACUACGUAGCCAACGUCCACGUUUGGGCUAAGCGGAUAACGCAGGUGUGCACGUUUUGGUUGUGUUCCGUGCUAUGUGCAAUUGUCUAUCAUGAGAAAAGUUGAUGUAAAUAUCAUGCAGAUUUUUCCUACUGGCUCUUGUAAUUGGCUCUUGUAAGGAAUCCAGUAGGAAAAAUAGCCGUUGGCUUUAAAUAUUAGAACGGACUAUCGCCGGUAUUCAUAGUCCGUUCUUAUUGAGUGCGUUCCGGCAAGACACUGCUACCGUAGCGCUACGGUAGCGCUACGGUAGCGCUACACGAGUGCGUUUCGGCAAAACUUUCCGCUACAACUGCAGCGGUCGCCAUUUUUCAUAACUGCUCAAGGAUUGCUAGGUUAUACUCUACAACAAAGGAGAUAAACAUUAAUGAAGAUGGAAAGAGUUAUUUAUAAUCACAAUAACAAAGAAUAUGAAGUGAACGAGCCAUACGAAAUUCAUAUGAAACUGCAAACAGAUGAAACUUACUGUGCACAAUAUUUUGCAAAUUUAUCUACUUAUGAUGCAACAGAAUCGCAUGUUGAUGAUACUGAAUGCAUCGAUGAUAGUGAUAAUGAUUCAAAAGCAUUAUGGGAUCGUAAAUCAACUAAAAUGAUGUUAGCAAAAUAUCUGGAGCGGCUCUCAAAAUUUCGGAAUCCCAAAUUUAAAAAAAGUCGCCUUUGGAAGGAAAUGGAAACUGAAAUGAAGGCAUUGGGAUAUUCAAAAAUUAAUGCCCAUAGUAUCGAUCGGAAAAUGCGAAACAUGAAGUCAACGUAUAAACGGAUAAAAAAUAAUAAGAAAAAAACUGGAAGAGGCCGCGAGGAUUGGGUGUUUUACAACGAGAUGGAUGAAAUUUUCAAUAUGGAUAAGUCUGUAAAUUUCGAAGAAGGAAUUUCAUCAAUGGAGAGUGGGCAAGAUUCUACUAACGAAGCUCUAGAUUUUUCAAAGCACAGGUUAUCGUCACCAACCUUAUCUUUUCAACACUUCAAUGAUAUUAAUAACAGUACAAUAUUUUUGAAUUACGUUGAUUCUGUUUCAUCAAAUUAUAAUGCGUUUUCGGACAGUGAUUUAGAAAGUAGCAGUGAGAGACCAUCGACAUCAUUGAGUAACGUAUUUGAUGAACAGUCUUCAAUUUUAAAUGAUGAAACAAGUACUCAUGAUGCUUCUACCAGAGAUUCCAAUGAAGGAACACCAUUAAAUAAAAAGAAACUGUAUAACCAAAGAAAUAAAGCCAUAGAACUGGAAUUAAGAAAAAUCAACAUUUUAGAAAGCAUAGAGAAGAAACAGGAGUCUAAAAAUAUGAUUGAAAAACAGUUGGAAAGAUUUGCGACUGCAUUAGAAACAAAAAAUGAAUUGGCUAAAAAGAAAAUCGACAUAUUAGAAAAAAAGAAUGAGUUAUUGUACAUGUUAUUAAAAUCUAAGAAUGAUACUUCUAAAUAAAAAUUAAU